UCUGAGCGGUGGCACUCGAGUCUGCCGGCCUCGGGCCCCGGGAGAGGGUCUUAUUUAGGGGGCUUCACAAAAGCGGAGGAGGUCAGGGCCAAAAACGGUUGCAGUGCAAACCCUCACGCACCCCACUGCCGGUCACUUCGGGACGUGGAGUCAGCAUGUCGGUUGAGUGUUGCUUGGGGGGGCGGGGUUGAGUGGCUGCAACGCUUCAAUGAAGGGGAGCUUUGCUUUUUUUCCCCUCCUUCUCCUCCCUUCCCCCCUUUUUUUUCUCUCUGCCAAGGUGCCAACCUUGAAGAGUCAGUGCAAUUGAUUGUUCCCUGUAACUCCUCGGAUAGCUGUUGUGUAUUCACACGGACCGAUCCCUGGGCACGGGUUAGAGUCUGAGAACUCUGUCCCAUAGGACUGAUUUGCAAGAUUUGCUCGCCCGUGAAAGGAUAUCCCUGGGCUGAACAAAGAGGUGGUUAGUAGUAGUAGAGUAGGUAGGAAUGCGUGCCUCUGAAAUUCAUUCGGGGUCAUUUGAAUGGGUUUUUAGCUCUCUUGAGAUGGUUGAAAGCAGUGGUGGGAUUCGAGUAAUUUAACAAUUGGUUCUCUGCCCGAAUGAUUUCUUCCAACAACCAGUUUGCCAAACUGCUCAGAAAGUUAACAACCGGUUCUCCCAAAGUGGUGCAAACUGGCUGAAUCCCACCACUGGUUGAAGGGUUUUGGCUAACGCGGAUCUAUGGCAUGGGCUCUUAAGAAUGGCAUAGUUUUGCAGUUUUUAGACUUUGCCCUUAUGCAAAGUCACCCCAUAUUUAGGUGGCGAUGUAUGUAAUUCGGCUUAUUCAAAACUUGGUGAGACAGUCCUGCUAUGUUUGGGAAGUUUUCUGUUAAGUGGAACAAUGGAAUACUGUUCCAAAAUUCUUCCCUUAAUGGCCCCAGCAGCCAUGAACUUGUUUUCAGUGGCUCUAUACUAGUUCAGGUACUUAAAUGUAAAUGGAUCGACCUAACAAAGAAAUCAGGUAAUGCUUUUAAACGCAAUAAUAGUAAAAGAUUUUUUGAACUUCAGUGUAUCACACAAAUCUGCUUGAUGCCUUUGAGACUCACCCAUUUGCAAUUUGCCCCCACAUGCACUUCAAAAGUGUGGUAUUUAUAGGCACCAUACACACACACCCCACUCAAGCUUAUUAUAUUCAUGCUAGGAUCAGUCUGUUGUGGCUGCCUAUUCACAAUGGGGAGGAAAGAAAAAUCUUAUACCACUUCUGUUGUGAUCACUUAUCCACUUCUGCAAUCUGCUAUACAUUACAGACAUUCUUGUUAUCCUCUUAGGAUAUUUUAGAAAUCACUGCAGAGAAAAGGGCACAAUGUAGAGAUUCUGUAGAAAAUGAAGGGGUUAGUUAUCCCCAAUGAGCAUAGUCAUGCUUUGUUUUCUCAUGAAACUGAGAAUUAGAUAAUAAAUUUAUGUUUUAAAUGUAGAGGCACUGUAGACUUAAUUGUGGCAGUUUAAUAUUUGCUUUGAUUUUAUUUGUGUUGAUAAAACCAGGAGAAAUAGAUGAGAUUUCUUAAUCCCAUUUAUACUACUGACAUAUUUGUUUAAAUAUUAAUACCAGUACAUACCAUACAUUCCUCCAAAUAUUGAUAAAAUGUAACCACAGUGUAACAAUUCUUGUUUAUAGUUUAGUCCUGUGCAUGUAUAAAUUCUAUGGUUAAUGCUGCUUAUAGACACAAAACCAUACAUAAACCACAAAACAGGAAAUGUCCUCUUGAAUUUAGAAUAUUUUGCUGAUGGGUCUUUGUUUUUUUCUGAUCUUGGUUAUUUUCUUGCAGAGGUCUCAUUAUCCAAACUAGUAACAUCAUCAGUGCUUGCCCUAUCUGUUUUGGUGGGAGUGGUCUUGGAGGAUCUUUGGUUGAGCCCUUUAGGGAGGUAUUUUGGUCUUUUUUCCUUGUGAUUGAUUAAGACUUAUUGUCAUAGUUUCAACAGGGAAAUUGGCUACUCUAGACCAAGCCAAGUCCAAAAAUGCUAGAGAAUUUUUAGGAACCUGGCACUCUAACAAAUUGGCCAUCAAUCUAUCUACAUAUGUGCAAAAGAGACAGUCAACAAGCCAAAAAGUGAACAAAAAACCCAAACACCUCACCAUCAAUCAUCACUCUGAUGACCAUAGAUUAACACUAAGAUUAACAUCAGACCAACAAUCAAGAAGUAAACUGCCCCAAUCAAGAAACUGCCAAACAAGAUAACAGUGAAAAGUCCAACUAAAGAACCUCAAAGACCACUCCCACCAACAGGGCAUGCCACUAAACUGAGAGCAAACUCUAGUUCUUAUUAUUACUGAUGUUUAGUUUGGGUAAUGAAAUUUCUGCAAGAAAACAAGCAAGGUCAGAGGACACCAAGGAUCCCUCAUUUCAAGCCUAAAUUACAAAUAUUCUCCUUUAUUGGAAUAUUUCCUGUAUUCCAAUAGCAUAUUGGAAUUUGCUAUAUUCCAAUAGCAUAUUUGCUGUAUUCCAAUAGCAUAUUGGAAUGCUGUUGCAUCUUCUUGUUCACUUUUGACAGGUAGGAUAUUUAGACCUUAUCUAUUCUGAUUACAAUUUUUGCAGGUAAAAAUUCUUAGGGGAAGAGAAUUUCUUAAGUAUUGAUUUAAGUUUUUAGCUAGAUAAUUUUAGAUUAUUGAAGUUAUGUGUCCAAUUGAAUAAGCAUUAAAUUGUAUUUUUCAUUUUCACUACUGCACUGUUAAAUCAUAAUUCUUAAAAUAAAUGACUCCUCCUAGUAGUGGGAAUGACUAUUAGUAUAACUUGGCUUCUCUCGUGGGGAUGACUAAACAAAGUACAGGAUUUGUGGUUUAUUUAGUGUAUGCAAAUAGAGAAGUCUUGUGCUACUUUUGUAACAAAUUAGAAUUUGAUAACCAUGUUCUUGAUUUUUUUAUAACUUGUUCUUGUUGAGAGAAAGUGACAAGGAUCCUCUUUUCCAUUUGUGCUAAAUAUACAAUGAAAGGAGAUUUCAUGGAUUCUUUAUCACCUGCUAAAAGGAAUACCACAAAGAGACUGACUGAACUAGUCAUGGUCUGGAAUCUUUAUUUUAUAUACUUGAUGUUUUAUCAAAUAUGUCAAUACAGACUGCAAACUAGUUUUUGGUAUGCUUUAAAGAAAGCUACUUCCUUAAGGUAGAUGUUGUGAAACUUGAUUUCUGGAUUUAAUUUCUGGAAGUAAUCCUCAUUUGACUGGACACCUGAUUGCUGCAAUGGAUCAAAACAACAGUUUACCACCCUAUGCUCAGGGCUUAGCAUCCCCACAGAGUGCAAUGACUCCAGGCAUCCCUAUUUUUAGUCCUAUGAUGCCCUAUGGCACUGGGCUCACACCGCAACCUGCUCAGAGUACCAACAGUUUAUCUAUCCUGGAAGAACAACAGAGGCAGCAGCAGCAGCAACAAGCAGCAGCACAGCAGUCCACUUCACAACCAACACAAGCAACAUCUGGUCAAACCCCACAGCUCUUCCAUUCACAGACUCUUACAACUGCUCCUUUGCCAGGAACCACACCUCUCUACACCUCCCCCAUGACUCCCAUGACCCCCAUAACGCCGGCCACCCCUGCUUCUGAAAGCUCUGGGAUUGUACCGCAGCUGCAGAAUAUUGUGUCUACAGUAAAUCUUGGUUGCAAACUUGACCUCAAAACCAUUGCCCUUCGUGCUCGAAAUGCUGAAUACAAUCCCAAGCGUUUUGCUGCUGUAAUUAUGAGAAUUAGAGAACCACGUACUACAGCUCUCAUAUUCAGCUCUGGAAAAAUGGUGUGCACAGGAGCUAAAAGUGAAGAGCAGUCCAGGCUGGCUGCGAGAAAGUAUGCUAGAGUUGUACAGAAGUUGGGCUUUCCUGCAAAAUUCUUGGAUUUUAAAAUUCAAAAUAUGGUUGGCAGUUGUGAUGUAAAAUUCCCUAUCAGACUUGAGGGAUUGGUUCUUACGCAUCAACAGUUUAGCAGUUACGAACCAGAAUUGUUUCCUGGUUUAAUCUACAGAAUGAUCAAACCAAGAAUUGUACUGCUCAUAUUUGUUUCUGGAAAGGUAGUUUUAACAGGUGCAAAAGUCAGAGGUGAAAUUUAUGAAGCAUUUGAAAAUAUUUAUCCUAUUUUAAAAGGAUUCAGAAAAACAACGUAACAGUUCCAUGUGCUUAUUCCUGAAGCUGGAACACAUUUUUAAAGGUAUUGAUUAUGGCACAGCAGUAACACACAAAUCAGGACUUGGAGUAUUUUCCCAGAUAGUGCCUCUUUCCCUGUUUUUCAUGGGAAGGGAACAUAUCAUUGUGUGUUUCGUCUGCACUAAGUUACUGUGCAUUGGUUCACCGUGUUCUCACACAAGAAAAACUGAGCUUAUUUAUAUUUCUGGCUCUUAAAAUGGCUAAUUUUUAAAAUCUGAGAGUCUUAUGCUGGCAAACUGGCUAACCGUAUUAUCCAACAUUUAAAACUCUGGGGUUACUCACAGUAUUCUUUCAACCGUGGAUUUUAUAAUCAGAAACGUUAAUUUUAUGCUUUUAGCCCUACUUCCACAUUCCCUACAUUUUCAGUGUUCAGCAGGACAGAAACUUUGCUAGUGAAGACAGAUGGCUGUAUAUAUUUCUCAUUUUGUGAAGCAAUUCUAAAUGUAUAAUUACUUGACUAAAUAAUUUGAAUAGUAAAAUUUGUGGUCAAUCUUUGCUUUUGCUGUUUUAAUGUGCUAAAUGCAUGCAUAUAGCUAAAAUAACUUGAUUUUUAUAAGAUUUUUAUUAACAAUCCAGUAUUAAAGUAAUGUUUUGCCAUUUCA